UAGUUGAACAGCUGUAGUGGUAGACUGAACAUUGGUUUCUUUAAAUAUUCAGCAACAGUUUAAUAUAAACAAUUUUUUUAAAAUUCAUUUGCAGCAAAGUAGAAAAUAUACCACAGCGAUUUCGUUUACUAUUUACCAACACUAAAAAAUAUCGAUAGAAACGCUGUAGCCCUAGAUUGCGGCGUCGUUUGAAAGCAACUGUAAACUAUUACCAAUACAAGCGUAAUAAAAAACGAAAGGCAUAAAGGAAAACUGAAUAAGAAACCAAAAAUAAUUAGGGUUUUAUAAAUUUCAACUUAACACUUCACAGACCUUUUUUGUUAGCUGGUCCGCAGCUGCUUGUCAGAGUUGCACAGAAAACGAUCAUGACGUUACCGCGCUCUGAGACGUCACUGCGACGUUCCGCGGUGGGCAGCCAUCGUGAGAGCAUGAUGAGGGAUAUGACAACAGUCAACGAUGACGAUGCCGAGCGUCGCGAGGCACGCCGUCGCACUCUGUUGCAGCAACAGACUCGACCCCGAGACAGCAGCGCUUUGGAGUCCAUUGAAGAUAAUGAGACGCUCAAAAAGUGUUUGGAAAUUUAUAACGGCAAUAAGCUAAGUCGCGACAAUGCCUGGUCAUUAUCGGUAAUAGAUACGCUCUCCAAUCUUCUGGAUCGUCAUCACAAAACAUUGAGCAACUUUAAGAUGGCAGGUUCAUCUUUAGAGGCUUCGUCACGCGUUUAUGGACUGCGUGUCGACUCCAUCUAUCUGGAUGCUAUGCGCAUGUCGGCUGGCCUCAGUGCCCGAACUCUGACGGAACAGCAGUUAAACGCAGCUGCAGAUCGCGAUGACAGCAUUACUGAGAAUGCCGAAGGCGCAGCGCUCGAUGAUAAUGGACAGACUCAGGCCUCUGCACCAAAGCCUAAGAAGCGGACACGUAAAGCGGUAUCCACAGUAACCAAGAACAAGGACACGCUCAAUAUGCGUUUGGACACAGCCCCGUUGCAGGAUCCUGUGUUUGGUAAACUUAAUUCAACAGUCGGAUCUAUAAAUGCCUCCAAUCGUCUAAUGCACAACAUAUUGCCUACGAUGGAUUCCGAACUUAAAUUAUGCACAACUUAUCGCUUUUGGAACUCUGAAGAGCUGCCAGAUGAGGUAACGGAUUAUGCAACGGUAGACACCAACUUAAGUGAUGUCGAUCCGCAAUCGUUUGUUAGUGCAGAGUUUGUUGAGAAGCUGCUCCGUUACGAUCAAAAGUUGAAUCUGCGACCCUUGCAUACCGGCUACAUUAUAACCGAUGAACCAAAUCCUAGCAAUGUCAAUGAGCCAAGACAGAUGCCCGACAAUGAUGACGGAGUGGAUAAUACCGAUGACUUUUAUGAGAAUCCCAAAGAGCUGUCGAUGGCCUUUGAUAUAAACGCAGAAUGCGAGCCCAUGCCAGAUCUGGAUGGACAGACCGCAGCUGUCUUGGAGGUGGACUACAAUGAGCUGGAGGAACUCACAGCCGAAGAGCGUCACACUCUGCAAAACUGUCGAGCUCUUCGCAAACAGCCGGUUGUAAUUGAUGAUCUGCGUCCCAUUGAUGGCAGCUCCAAGCUUGAGUACUCCUACCGACCCAUGGAUAAAAUCUCGCAAUUCUGGGCUGGCCCAUCACAUUGGAAGUUCAAGCGUACUCGAGCUCGCAGCACUUUUGGUCAGAUUAAUGCGCAGGAUAAAUCGUCUGCUGGAGGCGCUGACGGUGGCAGCAGCACAAUCACAGCAACGGCGGCGCGUGCUAGACGUGCAGCUCAGCAAGCGGCCAAGCGACGCAGCCAACAAUUAAAGUUUGGCGAAUAUACAGAGCAUCUGUUUCAGCCUCUAGAGCCCAAUACCAAGCUGCGUAAGGCCAACUGCCAAAAGAAAUGGGAUGCCCGUAAACUCGUGCUGCCCACUAAGUUUGAGUUUGACGCCGAAUAUUUUGAAAAAUAUGAUUAUGCGCCCAGCAUAAAAGUGACUCGUCGAUUUGGUGUACAGGAUGAGGAUUUGGAUCAUGAUGCAAAUUCGGCAAUUGACGAUGUUGCCGAGGAUGUUGAACUUUUUGACAACGAUCAUUUUAGCGCGGACACGCCCCAUUCACCCUCGGCAAUGAAUAUAAGCGGCAUGCCCGAAGGCGCUGAUACGGGCACGUUGUUGGAUGGUGAUCAGGCCAUAGGAGGCAUUAUUAGUCAAGGGAAUACCACUUUGCGCAACAACUGUAAUGACACGGUGCUUGAAAUAGCCACAGAUUUUGAGGGUGCACCUACACAAGUGACCAAAGUAAUUGUGCCUUUUGCCAAACGUGCAAAGGUCAUAGACAUGAAGAAUCUCAAGCGGAGCUGCAAUUCUUUAAUACAAAAACAAUUGUUGAAUGACGUUCCGGAUGAGUCGAUACCGACUCAUUUAAAAUCGAGUAAAGAGCACUAUGCAAAGGGUAUGGCCUCAUUUAAGGAGGUUUACGAUGAAUUACCUAGUAUGCUGACACCUAAAAUGGCUGAUUCAUUGUCGCCCUCGGUUGCGCUUUAUGCUGUUCUCCAUUUGGCUAAUGAUAUGAGAUUGCGACUCAUACCACAGGACGACUUUGAGAAUUUUACAAUAAGACAAGUUACCGAUUAACACAAAAUAGUUUAGUAUCAUCUUAAUGCUAACUGGGUAGUGAAAAUACACAAAAGAAGAAUUUCCUUAAUCACAUCAACCAGUAUUCCCAUAAACUAGUUACCACUAAUUCACUCCCAUUCACAAAAUCUCUUAUAUUUUCAUGUAUCGUGUGUUUUGUGGUGUUUGCAGUAAUCCCAAAACCUAGAUUUAAUUACGUAAAUAUUUUCGUUUGUCAUGGCGUUGAUAUUCGUUAAUUGUCUCUAAAUUUAAUUUAAUUGAGUAUUUUAGCAGAUGUAAUAAAUAACAAACAUA